CAUCAACUGUACGUUUCCGCCUGACAUCUUCGAACUGCUUCCGCUGACCCCCUAUGUAUCCCUACGCCACUGCUCGGGGCCGUCUAGUGGACUCGCCGCCACAACAUCUACCUGGUGUACAUCUUGACGAUCUGGUCAUUCUUGCACCACCCUCAAGUCCAGUCAUCUCCGAGUACGAGUCACGCAUCUUGUCCCAGAGAUUUGUGACCGCGCCACGCGUCAAAGUGCAACUCAAAGUGGACAUCGCACAGCCCCGGGCCGUCAAGAUAGAGAAUACACCACUCGUCCGAGUAGACGUCGUGCGUAUCGUAGAGCCUGAGACUGUGCGUCCCCCGGAGGUAGAGACCAAGACGCCACUAGAGAUAGAGGCAGCGCCACUCGUCAAGUCACCUACAUUGUUGGAUCUCCAGUCAUGUCCCGCUCCCAUUGAAUUCAGCUUUGUCGGCGAGCCUCGAGGACGUGGACUGUUGCUUUCGGAACUGUAUCUGGAUCCUAUACAAUCUGUGCAGCGGAUGCACCUUCCCGCAGAACGUGUCCUGGAACCUUUCGGAUUGUCCAAGAUUCAUAUCCUGUGCUCGUGGCCGGGAAACUCGAGGUUAUAUACUGUUCGGCUGCUCGAAGCCUACAACAAGCCGCAGGAACCGACUGCCAGGUUACAAAUUGUGUACUUUAUCCUCAAAGCCUAUGUAGACAUGCUUGAGGUUGGUGUUAUUUACUCGCCGGCUGCCCUCGCGAGAUCUACCGUUGACGGCCUUAGAUUCAUUGUUUGACGCAGGAAAUAUCACCGGUACCACUGAGCCCAGGUCAACCGGCCGACAUUAUGUCCCUGGAGCGCUUGUGGCUGGUUGCAUUGCAUUAUGUCGAGGAUAACAUGUUCACCGUAGAAGUUCACAGGCGUUAACAGAGUUUCAGGCACAAGACUCCC